GUCUGUGUUGCCUCGAACAGACGUCAUUAAAGAGCGCUAUUGUGUGCAAUGCGACAGCCUCGUCGCGACAGCGGACCGUUUAAAUUCUGGAGUAACGACGUCCACGAGCCCCAAAGGCUCCUCCAGGGAAGCAUACGCUGCGUACACAAAAAGCUUGCCUGACCUCACCGCGAUGGUAUCGAUUUUCAGAGCAGCGGCCUUCGAGCCACUGUUUACCGGGACAUUGUUGUAUUCUCUGCCCAGGCUUCCUCCAUCACUUCUCGAGCGGCUCCCUCCCAGCAUCAUAAGUGCGAUUCAAUCGCCGCGAACAGCCAAAGCGCUUGCUUGUCUUCUCAUCCUCGGAAUCCUGAGGAAGGCGAAUAAUUUCCUAUCACGGCUGGCGAUCAACAACUGGACGCGGAGCGACCGCUGGGAUGGAAGCAAAGAACUCGUCGUGGUCACGGGGGGCGCGAGCGGAAUCGGCGAGAAAGUGACUGCAGGCCUGGCGGCGAGAGGUGUCAAGGUGAUCAUUCUCGACGUCAAUGCCCCAAAGACGCCACUGCCGCCCAACGUCGCCUUCUUCCGCGUCAACAUCACAUCCUCGGAGGCAGUGAGAGAAGUCGCCGACCAAAUCCGCGAGACGUACGGACACCCGACGGUGCUCGUCAACAAUGCAGGCGUGGGCGAAGGAGGCCCGAUCCUGAAUGGGUCGGAGGCCAGCGUCCGGCGCACGUUCGACGUCAACACCAUCUGCCACUUCGUUCUCGUGAAGGAAUUCCUUCCGGACAUGGUUCGCAAGAACCACGGUCACGUUGUCACGGUCGCGAGCAUGGCCAGCUUCGUGGCGGCCGGGGCCAUGGUCGACUACGCGUGCUCCAAAGCGAGCGCCCUCGCUUUUCAUGAGGGGCUGGGUCAGGAGCUGAAAUACUUGUACAACGCUCCCAAAGUCCGCACUAGCAUCAUCCACCCGAGCUGGGUUGCUACGCCAAUGACGCAGCCGCUCCAAGAUGCCGACGAGGGCUUUCGACGGUCGGCUCUUCGCGUCGAAACGGUCGCGGAUGCCAUCGUCAAGCAAAUCAUGUCUGGCAGCAGUGGACAGGUCAUCCUCCCGGCUUCCUUGUCCAACGCGGCACUCAUCCGAGCCCUGCCCUUUUGGAUCCAAGUGCCGGUUCGAGGCAGCGUGACGAAAAUGCUCAAACGUAAUGGAGCUUAA